ACGGCGGCCGGCGCGGGCGCUGUCAGGUGACCCGCAGCCCGGGCGGCGGCCACCCCUGCGCCCGCCCGGCGGACGAUGCACGAUGGCCCUCCCGGGCAGUGAGGGGCUGGGGUCCCCGGACCCGGACCCCCGCGCCCGCGCCCUGCACCCGCGUGCAGCCGAGGGCCCGGCCUGAACCCCGCGCCGCCGCCCCGCGCCCGCCCGCCGCGCCCACAUGGGUCUGUGCUACAGCCUGCGGCCGCUGCUCUUCGGGGGCCCGGAGGCCGGCCCGCCCGGCCCGGCCCCGGCCCCAGCUCCAGCAUCGGUCCCGGCGCCGGCCCCGGCCCGGACCCCGCCCCCUCGGGGCGCCGGCGGGGACCCGGGAUGCGCGCUCCCCAAGGCCGCCCCGAAGAAGGAGUGGCGGCGGCGCCCGGACCCGCAGCGCGCCGAGGAGCGCGAAGCCGAGCGGGAGGCGAGGAAAGUCAGCAGGAGCAUCGACCGCAUGCUCCGCGAGCAGAAGCGGGACCUGCAGCAGACGCACCGGCUGCUGCUGCUGGGGGCUGGUGAGUCUGGGAAAAGCACGAUCGUCAAGCAGAUGAGGAUCCUGCACGUCAAUGGAUUCAAUCCCGAGGAGAAGAAGCAGAAAAUCCUGGACAUCCGGAAAAAUGUUAAAGAUGCUAUUGUGACAAUCAUCUCAGCGAUGAGUACCAUAAUACCUCCAGUUCCACUGGCCAACCCAGAAAAUCAAUUUCGAUCAGACUACAUCAAGAGUAUAGCCCCUAUCACCGACUUCGAAUAUUCCCAGGAGUUCUUCGAUCACGUGAAGAAGCUGUGGGAUGAUGAAGGCGUGAAGGCGUGCUUCGAGAGGUCCAACGAAUACCAGCUGAUCGACUGCGCACAAUACUUCCUGGAGAGAAUCGACAGCGUCAGCCUGGUGGACUACACCCCCACGGACCAGGACCUUCUCAGAUGCAGAGUUCUGACAUCAGGGAUUUUUGAGACACGAUUCCAAGUGGACAAAGUAAACUUCCACAUGUUUGAUGUCGGUGGCCAGAGGGACGAGAGAAGAAAGUGGAUCCAGUGCUUUAACGAUGUCACCGCCAUCAUUUACGUGGCAGCCUGCAGCAGCUACAACAUGGUGAUCCGGGAAGAUAACAACACCAACCGGCUGAGAGAGUCCCUGGACCUUUUUGAAAGCAUCUGGAACAACAGGUGGCUGCGGACCAUUUCCAUCAUCUUGUUCUUGAACAAACAAGAUAUGCUGGCGGAGAAAGUCUUGGCGGGGAAGUCAAAAAUUGAGGAUUAUUUCCCAGAGUAUGCAAACUAUACUGUCCCUGAAGAUGCGACACCAGAUGCCGGAGAAGAUCCCAAAGUGACAAGAGCCAAGUUCUUCAUACGGGAUCUGUUUCUGAGGAUCAGCACGGCCACCGGGGACGGCAAGCACUACUGCUACCCGCACUUCACCUGCGCCGUGGACACGGAGAACAUCCGCAGGGUCUUCAACGACUGCCGCGACAUCAUCCAGCGGAUGCACCUCAAGCAGUACGAACUCUUGUGAGCCGCCGGGGGCCGCCUCCUGGCGCCCUCCCCCCACCCAACCCUCCCCCCACCACCACCCUCCUGUCCACAGCCCCACCCCCAGGCUGCCCCAAGCCAUGGUAGAAAGUAGGGACUUCCCAGUGUGGUCCGCACUACCGUCUGUCCUGCUCCGUGUCGGCUCCGGGGUGUGACCACCAAGCCUCUGGCUACCUCUGUUCCCCUCAGGUUUGGUUUGAAGCUUUUGUUUUCAUUGACCAUGACUUUCCCCACCCUCCUCGCCCUCCCCAGUCUGUCACUGCCAGCCAUCCGCUCUCACUGGGGUGACACUGCAGUGCGAUGUCUUCAGGUGGGGCCCCUUUGAUUCAUCCGGUCAGUGGUUUAUUGAUUCACUAAAAACCUGGGAGAUGGCGGAGAAGUGCCCUUUCCCCCUGAGUUAUCCAGCAGGACCGAGAGGUGCGGGCCGCCCCGGCUCUCCGGUUCUGGCUCUGAGAAGCUGCAGGCGGACCAGUGGCCGCUGCUUCUGAUCUGCGUUAGCCCACGGCGCAGGAGGCCCCAGGCCACAGAGCGGCAAGAAAACCUUUUUUUUUCCCAAUCAUCUUCGGAGCCUCUGUUAGCCUCAGGUGUUUGGAUUAGAGCUACUUGGAGCCUUUUAUUUUUAGGCAGAAGACCUACCCCCUUCACUACUGGGAAGUGUGUCCCGCCUGAAAGCGAUUCGCUAGACGUGCACUCUGCUCGGGCAACAGUCUUCUCUCAUAUACUCUCAUUGUUUUAUUGCUGGUUUAUUACACUGUACAGAUCACACAAUGUAAGACUAUUUUGUAUAACUACGAAAAACCCUGGUAGAUCUCUGUGCCUUGAUUAUGGCCUCCCCUGUGAAA